AUGGGUUCCAUACCGGCUUUCGAGACAAGACUGUUCAUUGACGGGCAGUAUGUCAACUCCAAGUCAGCUACGCGCAUGUCGUGCUACACGCCUACGGACAAUACACCUGUUACAGAGGAGCUCCAUGUGGCAGAGAAAGAUGACGUGGACGACGCCGUCAAUGCUGCGAGAGCUGCGUUCAAACUCUGGAAGGAGACUUCGUCUGCUACUCGGGCUGCGCUCCUGCUCCGAAUCGCAGAUCGCAUCGAAGCCCAUGCGAAAGAGUUUGCACGCCUCGAAGCACUGUGUACAGGGAAGCCAGUAGCGCAGUCACUGGGAUUUGAGGUGCCCAUGGCCGCAAAUGUCUUCCGGUAUUACGCUGGCUGGUGUGACAAGCUCUCUGGCGAAGCGUGGCCGCAGGAAGGCACCGGCUUCCUCAGAAUGACCAGGCGAGAGCCAUUAGGCGUGUGCGCUGCCGUGAACGCUUUCAACGGACCACUUGUGAUGAUUGCCAUGAAAGGUGCCCCCUGUCUCGCAGCUGGUAACACCAUGAUUGUGAAAUCAAGCGAAAAGACGCCACUCACCACCGUCUACUUUGGCAAGAUCUUACAAGAGGCUGGGGCACCAGACGGAAUCAUGAACCUGAUUACUGGCCCCGGCUCAACUGGAGCUCUAUUGGCUUCACAUCUCGGCAUUGAUAAGAUCUCCUUUACCGGAAGUUCGGCAACUGGGAAGAAGAUCGCUCAGAUGGCUUCGACCAGUAACAUGAAGAAAGUCACGCUGGAACUGGGAGGCAAGAGUCCGAGUAUUAUAUUCGAUGACGCACAAUUGGAUAAUGCUGCCCAGUGGUGCAUGCAGGGUAUUCUCGGCAACAGUGGUCAAGCCUGUAUUGCAAGCUCCCGUGUGUACGUCCAAAAGGGCGUCAAGGAAGUUUUCGUCGCCAAACUUAAGGCCCUGUUCGAACAGAUGACGCCUGCCUUUGGGCAAGAUGCAAAUUCAGACGAUACACGCUUUCCGCCAUUGGCAGAUAAGGUCCAGUUUGACCGAGUGCAAUCGUACAUGGACAUCGGGUCCCGCGAGGGCACGCUCGUGACAGGGGGCAAACCAAUAUAUGACAAGGGCUGCUGGAUUGCGCCGACCAUCUUCGUCGACACGAAGCCAUCUGCAAGGAUAUACAAAGAGGAGAUAUUCGGUCCUGUGGUCGUGGUGAACGAGUUUGAAGAGGAAGAGGACGUGCUAAACCGUGCCAAUGAUACCGAGUUCGGUCUGGCAGGUGCUGUUUUUACACAGGACGUCAACAGAGCGAUGCGCAUUGCUGCAAAAGUGGAGGCAGGCACAGUCUGCAUCAACUGUUGCACUAUGGUUGACGUGACUGUACCCUUUGGUGGUAUGAAGCAGAGCGGCUGGGGCAGGGAGUUGGGAAAGAUGGGCAUCGAGGCUUACACUGACGUCAAGACCAUAUUUCUCAACAUGACAUAUUGA